CCGCAGACUGUUAACUUGAAACCCUCAAAAAUCACUGCUUUGAAAGGCCACAAACAACCUUACAUCUUCCAGUACCGUGAAGCAUCACAGCUACAAAGUCUCUAGGUGCUGUUGUCGCAUCAUCCAAAAUCCUUUCCUGGUGUACUCGCUCAGCCAAACUUGUUGCCACAACUUUAGUCACGUCCCACAAUGGGCCCUUCAGAUUUAAGGCUGUACCGUCAUUGCCCUGAUGAUUUGGAGCCCAAGACUGUUCUCGACUUUGGCUUUAGAGGGGGCGGUGGAGGCGGGAGUGGUGGUUGGGUGGCUAGAAGACCAACAUCAGAGGACGCAACUCAUCAACAAGGCGAUUCCGAGGCAAAAGUUCAAAGUUCCCUAUCAAAGAUAGACAUACCGGAUUCCCUAGACGGCUCAUAUCAUGGUAAUUGCACAAAUGGCAAAUACCCUACGACGAGCACUGAACAAACCAAAGGGCGGGAGUAUGUUAUUAAAAGGCUCUCUCCGUCCUUUGAGUGUUCCAAAAAUUCUGCCCAUGAUGCUCCCAUCAAUCCCGGCAUCGAGGACUCCGUCACUGUGCCCAAGGCAUCCAACUUCACGUUGUCAGAUAUUCCGGAUAACACAUCUGAUGCACAAUACUACACAGAUAGUGUUGACUCUUCUUCAGGUACUGAUAGAACACCAUCAACUUCUGAUGUUAUCGAAAGAAGAAAAGGUCAUAUAGUAGACCUCCUGAUGGUCAGACUUCAAGAAUGGCUGGACUCAACCCUGCGAGAGCGAGGUAGUAGCAACGGGCAAGGCAGUUCAGAAUUUACUCAAAGAACAGGGACGACAGUUCUCAAUUACUUGGGUCAGAUACCAGACAAUCCACCUACUCAAAAGCGCCGAAGAGAGUAUUCCGAUGAUGAAUAUGACGAGAACAACGACGGGGCACCAGAUAGAAACCAGAAGGAGACGUGGGCAAUGCAUGAACCUGCAGAGAUGAGAUAUGUCUGUCCUUUCUUUAAACACAACCGCGAGAGAUAUCAGACAUCUCAGUGGAAAAGCUGCUGUUGGCCAGGUUGGACAUCUGUUUCUCGAGUCAAGGAACAUCUUUAUCGUCGACACAUCCUACCCAAAUUCCGCUGCAAUAGAUGCAGGCAAGACUUCAAGUCAGCCUUCAACCUGAAUGAACAUCAGAGGGCCGACAAUAUUUGCCAGAGGCAGAAUGAAGACCUCGCAGAAGAGGGCAUCAACGAAGAACAGGAGAGAUUACUCCGUGUUAGAAAGAGGAAUAAUGGAAAAUCUCGACAAGUAGCGGAAGAAGAGAAGUGGGUUGAUAUGUACAAGAUUCUCUUUCCUGACGACAGCCCAGUCCCUACUCCAUUUCCCGAAUUAUGUCAUUUGCAAUCCGGACAAGAAUUCGUGCUGCCUAGGGCAAAUGUGCUGGACAGUUUUGAGGACUACGCACGACGUGAGUUUUCAAGACGUAUGCGGCCCCGUAUGGAGAGUUUAGUCGAUGGAAUCCUAGAACAAGCGCUCACCUCUCAAACGAUCACCGAUGUCGCCAAUAACGUCCUCCAAGGUAUUAUGGAAUCCUUUCGUGAGAGUCAAAACCAAGAGGCUUGCCAACCAGAAUCCCAGAACUCGAGAAACCCUAGCCCUCAGCAGAGGCCUGUUGAAGGCUCUACCCAAGUGCCUCAAUCAAGCCAUGCUUUUGACGGUGGCCCCUAUUCGAACUUGGAAAUUGACCUGGAUGAUAUACUAAACUCUCUUGAUUCUAAUCAGUCAUUUGAUUUUGAGCAAUGGGGAGCGGAAGAUGAAGGCACGAGCACAUUUCAUCCUUUUGCGCUCCAGGUUGAGCAGUACAAUGAGGCAAACGCUUGAGGAAGAGGAGUCUCAGCGAGUAGGAAACCUUCUGCCCUAUAAUCAGGGCACUAGGAAUGGCUAAUUUAAAUGACCAGUAGGUUAUACUAUAUCUUAGUCUUUUUGUCCCUGAAGUUGCUGGUCUGAAGGUUUAUUACAUCUCUAGGAGGAGCUAUCCCGCUGGUAUCUCAAGUUCUCGUAUUAUGUAUACAGCUGUGCCUAAUCAUGGGCUUUAUGUGAACUUUAUGAUACC